AUGGAUUGGAUGUACGAUGGUACAAGAGUACAAAAAGACGACUACCUUUUGGGGAAAAAAAUCGAUAGAAAAUAUGGCGAAAGCACAGAUAACGAUUCAAUUUUGCCGCCACAAAUAUGCGCAUCAGAUAAAUUUUCUCAAGUAGACUUGACAAAAAAAAUUUCAGAAGAUCCAUUGGUUAAUAUAAAAAAGCGGGAAAUUGAAUGCACGCAGAAAAUUCUUCAAAAUCCGAUGCGCCUGAAAAAACAACAAAAUAUUCGAAAAGAAAAACAUACUAUUGAUGAUCAUCAGUUAGAUAUGAUACUAGUUAGCCGUUUAAAAUCAUAUGAAAAAGCUGGAUUAGAUCUUGCAAAGAUACUGUCAAUUACCAAACAUAAAGAUAAAAAAGAACACAAAAAAAAACAUAAGACUGAUACAUCUAGUUCUGAAGAAGAUGAAAAAUCAACGAACAAGAAAAAAAAGUAUGUACAAAAGUCUGGCAGUUUUGAACGAGAGGAAAUAAAACAAAAUGGUAAAAAAUCUCUUAAAUAUGGUGAUGACAGGCAAAAAGACAACAAAAAUAAGAGAGAUAGACAGAGGUCAAUUUCUUCUUCAGAUGGUAAAGAUUUUUCUAAGAGAAAUAAAUUAACAAAAGAAUAUAAACAUCAUAAAAAUGAUGACCAUAAAUACAAUGAUCAUCACAGAAAACAUAAAUCAGUGAGUACUGAUGAUAGCGAUGACAAUCAGCAAGAUAAUAAAAAAAAAAGAAAUAAACGUAACAGAUCCAUCUCGGAAGAAAAAUAUGAACAAAAUGAUAAAACUUCAAAAAAUAAAUAUAGAAAUAAUCAUCAUGCUGAAGAAGAUAAUAAGAAAAAAUACGGUGAUAAUAUGAAAAAAGUUGAACAAUAUCAACAGCAAGAAUCUAAAUCUAAAUAUAGAGAUAGAAGACAUGAUAAUAAAAGGAAACGAACACCAAGUUCAGAUAGAGAAUUGGAACGGAAAAAACCAAUCAGUGCCUCUGAGCAAAGUAAAUAUAAGGCUAAAAUUAAUGACCACCAUCAUAGACCAAACAGUUCUGACAAAGAACACGAGUCAAGGGUUUCCAAAGAUUCAAAAAAUAGGUAUGGAUAUCGUAAAAAUUUGAAUACUCGAAGAAGUAGAUCAUCAGAGAGUCCCCCAAAAAGAAACAAACAUCAAAAAACAAAUGAAAUUAAAAAAGAUAAAAACAAACCGAAAGCCAGUAGUUCAUCAAGUUCAGAUGAUGAAAAAAAGAAUAAUAAUGCAGUAAAACAGAACUCCAAACAUCGACAUAGUCCAGAACUUCAAUCAGAUAAAGAAACUGAUGAACACAAAGGAAACAAGAACUAUGGAUUAUAUGUUCCUAAAGGUAACAUUGUAAAAAGAUCAUCUAACAGUCCGGCAUCUAUAAAAGAAAAAAAAAAUUCAAGUAUUGUCCGACCCAAAACACCACCUGCCAAGAAAAAGAAAUUGACUGAAAAAGAAAUGGAGAAAAUGAGAAUAGAAAUGAUGGAAAAUGCUAAAAUAAGAGAUAAAGAACGUUCUUCCAAUGUCAAACGUUAUAGAAAAGAAGAUAAAAAAGAGGAAGAAAAACAAAAACCAUAUAACAAAGAGUUUUUAAUUAAACAAUUUGCACAUGCAGCUUCUCAAGUCAGUGUUGAAAGAAGUAUCAAGUCAAGUGUCAAUAAACUGCAAAAGAAUAGUAAUAGUAUUGCUGAUUAA